UGCAUCCUAGAAGAUAGCAAUGGCUGACACAGACGAAAGUUCUUCUGCUAAGAAAUGGCUACCUCUCGAAGCCAACCCUGAUAUCAUGAACCAGUUCCUUUGGGGCUUAGGUCUGCCAGUGGAUGAAGCAGAGUUCUAUGACGUGUAUGGUUUGGAUGAUGAACUCUUGGAAAUGGUUCCGAAGCCCGUGCUUGCUGUGCUUUUCCUUUAUCCUCUUACAGCUGAGAGUGAAGCAGAGAGAAUGUCGGAGCAAGGGAGUGUGAAGAAGGAACCAAGUGAAAAAGUUUAUUUCUUGAAACAAACUGUGGGUAAUGCUUGUGGAACUAUUGGACUUCUUCAUGCAAUCGGAAAUGUAUCUUCAGAGAUUAAGCUUUGUGAGGAUUCAUACCUUGAUAGACUCUUCAAAUCAACUGCUCACAUGGAUCCAAUGGAGCGUGCUUUAUUUCUUGAGAAAGACACUGAAAUGGAAGCUGCACAUUUGGUAGCAGCUAGUGCUGGUGAUACAGAGACUCUGGAUAUUAAUACUGAUGUGGAUACUCAUUUUAUUUGUUUCUCAUGCGUGGAUGGAGAACUUUAUGAGCUUGAUGGAAGAAAGUCACAACCCACAUCACAUGGUCCAUCCUCACCCAGCAGCUUGUUGCAGGAUGUAGCAAAAGUCAUAAAAUCGAUGAUCCAAAAGAACCCCGACUCUAUGAAUUUUAAUGUUAUUGCACUCUCGAGGAAAAGUUCUGGUGCAUCAUAAAGUUGGCAUUUUAGAAAGGUUUCUUC